CAUCACAGCAGGAUGUCGAAGGUUCUUCACCUUCAUGGCCACGUCCCAACACACCACACUCACCCGAAGCCUCACCUGUUCUCCACGGUUGACGUUCCUGACCACACCCACUACAUCAUCGGCUCUGUCAUCCUGUUGGUAGGGGUGAUGGGCAUGCUGCGAAACGGUCUGGUCAUCUACGUGUUCUGUCGCAGUCCGACACUUUGUUCGCCCAGCAACCUGCUGAUGGUCAACCUGGUGGCAGCAGACUUCCUGAUGUCUCUGACGCAGUCUCCCGUCUUCUUUGUGUCCAGCCUACAUCACCACUGGGUGUUUGGGGAGCUUGCCUGUGAGCUGUACACUUUCUGUGGUGCGUUGUUUGGCAUCACCUCCAUGAUUACACUGACAGCCAUUGCGGUGGAUCCCUGCCUAGCUAUCACACGGCCACUGGCUCUGCUGGGCGGGGUGAGUCGUGAGCGGGUGUGGGCGGUGCUGGUGGGGGACUACAUGAGCUUCACCACCGCCAUGCGCACCUCCACUAUUCUGCUGUUCGCCUUCGUCUUCUUUGUCCCGCUCUGUCUCAUCGCUGGCUGCUACUUCGCCAUCUUCCAGGCGGUGUGGGAGGCAGCUCAGGAGGUGGAGCAGCUGAACUGUGGUGAGACCAACAAGGCAUACAAGCGUCUGCUCAGUGACUGGCGGUUGGCUAAAGUUGCUCUGGGAGUGAUCCUGCUGUUCGUCAUCUCCUGGUCACCGUACUCUGCUGUAGCUCUGACCUCCCACCUACUGACACCCUACAUGAACUCAGUUCCUGCUGUCAUAGCAAAGACCUCCGCCAUUCACAACCCCAUCAUCUACGCCAUCACACACCCAAAGUACCACGCCGCCAUCGGCUGCCACGUCCCACUGCUGCGCCCUCUGCUGUGGCUGCAUGAAAAGGACCUGCGCUCAUCUUUCAGCUCCAGCAGCACUUCAUCUCACCGAGCCACGCUCACUGGUCAGAGCCCAGCAGGAGUCCAGCUCAGCGCCGGCGUCUGGGCCAACAGCUGAUAGAGCUAGACCCGACUGUCCUAAGCGUCUGACAGCGAGUCUUGCUGGACGGAGAGCGAAGCUGAUGGAUCCAGUGCCGGAUCAGCGGCCGUCACCGGACAGGUGUCCACUGACGUCACUGCAGACAACACUGCCGCCCCCAACACCAAUCCUGACACCACCAUGAGCAUCUUUGACACCGCCAUCGCCACCACCGUCCUUAGCCAGCAGAGACGACAGACAGGAGCUGACUCACCUGAUGGGGGCACUGCAGCCGAGUAA